AGUGCUAAUAUCUACAGAAGAGAAUCAACAAAGAAACAAACAAUUUAGUUUCUUAUUAUUAUUUUAUGUAUGGAUAUUUAACCCUUGACUUCUGGUGUACUUAGGCCAGGAGGCAGGGGAGAAAAAGGAAAGCCUAACGUGAACUGUUACCAAUAACCCAAAUAUGAAGUUGAUAUGUGAUAUGGUAGGAUCUAACAAACACUAGGCUAACAUAAUUCUAAGUAAAAAAUUUAAACAAAAAUACCCAUAUGCUUCAGGAGAUAUAGAAUGAAAACUAAGAUUCAGAAUUUAAGAGAGAGAGAGAGAGAGAGAGAGAGAAAGAGAAAAAGAAGGAGGAGGUUGUCACUUGCAAGCAUAAACAUGUUCAGGGACGUAUCGAGCUGCAAUACGUACAAUUACGGUGAUGCCCUCUACUGGGACGCACGCUACGUCCAAGAAGGUGGCUCCUUUGACUGGUAUCAACGCUACUCUGCUCUCAGACCCUUCGUCCGUACUUACAUCCCUCCUCCCAAUUCCACCGUCCUCAUGGUUGGUUGCGGCAAUGCUGUGAUGUCAGAGGAUAUGGUCAAGGAUGGUUAUGAGAGCAUCACUAAUAUUGAUAUCUCAUCGGUUGCCAUUCACAUGAUGAGAACAAAAUAUGAUCACAUCCCUCAGCUCAAAUACUUGCAGAUGGAUGUUAGGGAUAUGAGCUUCUUUCUGGAUGAAUCUUUUGAUGGUGUCAUUGAUAAAGGAACUCUUGAUUCAUUGAUGUGUGGUAGUGAUGCUCCAAUUAGUGCUGCCCAGAUGCUUGCAGAAGUGUGUAGGGUUCUAAAACCUGGAGGGACUUAUAUGUUGAUAACAUAUGGUGAUCCAACAGUAAGGAUGCCUCAUAUAAACAGACCUGUAUACAAUUGGAAAAUUUCAUUGUACAAUAUCCCCAGACCAGGAUUUCAAAAGCCUGAGAGUACUAGUUCAUCAAGAAAAUCAUAUUUAGAUCCCAUCCCUCUGACCGAAAAGGGCUUACUUCCUCCAGAUUUCAUUCUGGAAGACCCAGAUUCUCACUAUAUAUAUGUUUGUAGAAAGAACAACAACACAGAGAUGGACAAUAUACCACCAUAUCGACUAACAGCUAAUAUUUUAUAGCCCGGAGUUUCCACUGAAGCACUGUCGAAGGUAGUAUUUAUCAUCUUCACAAGCUUUGAUGUGGAUCAUAGUCACUUAAAUAUGGUUGCUCUUGUCAUUUGUACCAUUUGAAUUAGUUACCACCAUCAUUGGUGGAUGUUGUAAUAGUAUUUUAUUCUCAUAAAUUAGAGUAGCAGUGUUUAGCUUGUAGUGAUGAUUGAUAUAAAUUAAAAUAUCUGAAGAAACGAGACAAAAAUGACUGAUAUUUUUUCCCUCUGUUAUUUUUUCACGUGUUGUAUCUGUUGUAAUUGUGACAUGUAAACGCUGUUUUCUUUUCCCUAAGCUUGAUUACUAUUAUAAUUAUGCUUGUACCAGAAC